GGUGUAUGUAUGCUGGGAUGUGUUCUGGUGUGUAACAUCCAAUUUAGACGUUGAUGCUAUAUCGAACCUCGAGUCGGAAUCGACAAGGUGGGACGAACGUUUCUGUCUCUUCUCAAAAUGUUUAUAAGAUGUUAGAGUUCCCCUUCAAUCAAUUCCUCUUCGUCACCAGGUUUCAGUCUUUUCAUUCGCUUGCCACCCGACGAUCUGAACUAAUAAUUCAACUUCAACGACAUUCUUUCCAUUUGAUUUUUAAAUUUCAAUUAUGCGCCAAUCGAUGCGAACAGGAGCUGUUGCAGCUCUUGCAGCCUCUACAGCAAAGGCCGCCUCCCUUGCAGAUGUUUGCACUGUCGCCAACGUCCAAGCUGCUUUACCAGCAAACGGAACCUUGAACGGCAUCAACCCAAUCUCAUCUUCCGUUACUGCCAACACUGUUUACAACGCCACAGUCAGCUCUGUAGCCUACGACUACUGCAACGUUACCAUUACUUAUGCCCACCCUGGUAAAGAUCAAGUUGUAGUUUGGUACAACUUCCCAAGCCCCGAUGUCUACAAGAACCGUUUCUAUGUUGGCGGUGGAGGUGGAUACGCUCUCAGCGCCGACCCAACUACAGGUUUACCAUAUGGUGCUGUUGGUGGUGUCUCAGAUGCCGGGUACGACGCAAUUGGUGGCACUACUGUUGAUGAGGUUAUAUUGACUGGAAAUGGAUCUGUCAACUGGGACAGCAUCUACAUGUUCGCAUACCAGGCACUUGGUGAGAUGACCCAACUUGGAAAGGCUAUUACUCCAUUGUUCUAUGGCAGCAACUCAAGCGCGAAGCUGUAUACCUACUACGAGGGAUGCUCUGAUGGUGGACGUGAGGGUAUGUCCCAAAUUCAACGUUAUGGCUCUGAAUAUGAUGGUGCCAUUACUGGUGCCCCAGCUUUCCGUUAUGGACAACAGCAAGUCAACCAUUUAUUCUCCAACGUUGCCGAGGUUAUGAUGAACUACUUCCCCCCUCCUUGUGAGAUGGACAAGAUCGUCAACAUGACAAUCGCAGCUUGCGAUCCUCUCGAUGGCCGUACUGAUGGCGUCGUAUCCCGAACCGAUCUUUGCAUGCUCAACUUUGACAUGAACAGUACUAUUGGCGCUCCUUACUAUUGCGAGGCCUCAACUAGUAGCUCCCUUGGAUUUGCUUUCGGCCAAAAGGUCAAGAGACAAAUGGGCCAAGCCACUGCCGAUACCCCUGCCCAAAACGGAACUGUCACUGCUGAAGGUGCUGCUCUCGCUGCUCAGCUCUAUAGUGGUAUGAUUAACUCUAAGGGUGAGCGUGUCUACCUCCCAUGGCAACCAGCUUGUUCGUUCCAAGAUGCCACCACCAGCUAUGACAACACAACAGAUACAUGGGGGGUUGAUAUUGCAUCUACUGGAGGUGAAUUCGUAACCAAGUUCAUCCAAAAAGUUGACCUCGACAAUCUUGCUUCCCUUGACAACGUCACUAUGGAUACCCUUCAAGGAUGGAUGAACGACGCUAUGGUCUUGUACUUGGACAGCUUACAAACAACUCUCCCUGAUCUCACUGAGUUCCAAGAAUCCGGAGGAAAGCUCAUUCAUUACCACGGAGAAUCUGAUGACAGUGUCCCAACCGCCUCUUCAGUCCGCUACUACGAAUCCGUCCGCUCCAUCAUGUACCCUAACCAAGACUUCAACGCCAGUAUCACCUCCCUCAAGGAAUGGUACAAGCUUUUCCUUAUUCCAGGGGCCGCCCAUUGCAGCACCAACACUCUCCAACCAGGUCCUUACCCAGCCGACAACAUGGCUACCAUGAUCGAUUGGAUCGAGAACGGUGUUGAGCCUGAGAGACUUAACGCUACUGUUGGUAGCGGUAACUACGAGGGAGAGGUUCAAAAGCUUUGCGCUUUCCCAUUGAGACCUAUCUGGGAUGCUGAAGGCACUUUAUCUUGCGAGUAUGACCAAGCUUCCGUUGAUUCCUGGUCUUACACUCUUGAUGCUUUCAAGAUGCCAGUCUACUAGGUACGUUUUAAUACGAUACUAAGAGAUGGAUAAGAAAAUGAAGGACAGGCUUGGUGGGGUAUUUCUGUAGCAUUUGGUUGGAGUCGAAAAGGUCAUCGCGCGCACAGCUUGAGAUUUCCUUUUUCAUUUUGUGUAUAUUCUGUCUUUGUUCAUUAGUAGUAGUUUUAUAUCAAUCAAUUUCUGCCCUCAACUUCAUCUUCCUACAACAUUUAAGCCCAUGGUUACCUGUACAGGUGAACAAAUUAUGCACACCAUCCA